UCAUAGGCGCGUAUUUGGUUUACGUGAGAGUCUUGAAAUUUUUCCGAUUAGCCGGCCGGCAGGGCGGGGAGUGACGUAGUAAAUAGUAAUGUUUUGCUGCUCGCUGCGGCUAUAUUAUUCGCUUUGAAUUACGUUAUGGUAGAAGAUAAGAAGCUGUAAACUUUUUAUUUAUAUUGCUUAUACUGAAUAUUGAUUACUAUAACAGAAACCGCAGGAUGUCUCGUCUCGACUUAAUAAUUUUUGGCGCGACGGGAUUCACGGGCAAGCAUGUUGUGAAGAUGCUAGCUAGUAAGGUCAUUGAGAACUACCCUGAUUUGAAAUGGGGCGUCGCCGGUCGCUCAAUGACGAAACUGGAUGCUAUGCUUCAAGAAAUAUCCAAUCAAAUCGAAGGAGAUAUAACGUCCGUGAAGAAGAUCGAGGCUAACGUGAAGGACGAGGAGUCGCUGAAGGAGAUGUGCCUGCAGUGCAAGGUGCUGGUGAACUGCUGCGGGCCCUUCCGCCUGUACGGCGAGCCCGUCGUGCGCGCCGCCGUGGCCGCGCGCGCGCACUACGUCGACGUGUGCGGGGAGCCGCAGUUUAUAGAAAAAAUGCAGCUGGAGUACGACGAGAAGGCGCGGGAAGCCGGCGUGUACGUGAUUAGUGCUUGCGGAUUCGACAGUAUUCCCAACGAUUUAGGUGUCAUUUACCUACAGAAGAACUUUUGUGGCACGCUUAACUCUGUGGAAUCGUAUAUAUCCGCAAGUAAUGACGUCGAGACGCGUGGCUUUAUCAACUAUGGGACUUGGGAGUCGCUGAUACACAGCUUGGCGCAUUACCACGAACUACCCGCUCUAAGGAAGAAGUUGUAUCCGGAAAGGUUGCCGCCUUUAGAGCCUAAACUGAAGCAAAGGUCGCUGGUGCACCGUCGCGGGCGGCUGUGGUGCGUGCCGUUCCCGGGCGCCGACGCGUCCGUGGUGUACCGCACGCAGCGCCGCCUGCAUCGCGCGGCGCGCACGCGGCCGGCGCAGAUCAAGACGUACGCGUGCUUCCCGUCGCUGGCGGCGGCGCUGGGCGCGCUGCUGCUGGCGGCGCUGCUGUUCGCGCUCAGCAGGUGGGCGGCGGCGCGCGCGCUGCUGCUGCGCCACCCCGAGCGCUGCUCGCUGGGCGCCGUGGCGCGCGGGCCGGCCGAGCGCGCGCACACGCACGCGCGCUUCGCGGUGCGCCUGUACGGGCGCGGCUGGCCCGCCGGCGCCGACCCGCGCGCGCCGCCCGACCGCGCGCUCUGCGUGCAGGUGUCCGGUGCGGACCCCGGCUACGGCAUGACGGCGCUGGGCGUGCUGUACUCGGCGCUGACGAUCCUCCACGAGAAGGACAAGAUGCCCGAGUGUGGAGUACUGACAACCGGAUAUGCAUUCAAGGACACGAGCAUCAUUCAAUUACUGGACGAAAACAACAUUAAAUUCGAAAUGAUAAACCGUUAUGGUUGAAUGAUACCAUUUAAAAAUGAUUAAUACUUAAUAAUAAGUCAAAACCUUCAACACUUUACUAACGUAUUACAAAAUUAAUUCGAAAAUAAUCUAAUUGUAACGUCCAUACCUAUUGUCCACAGAUCCAAUAAUGACAAACAACGAAUAUGUCUAAAAAACAAAUGCGUCAAUGAAUGUGAUGUCAUUUACUGGUGGUAGAACUUUGGUAGGUACCACCCACUCAUCAGAUAUUCUACCGCAAAACAGCAGUACUUGGUAUUAUUGUGUUCCGGUUUGAAGGGUGAGUGAGCCAGUGUAAUUACAGGCACAAGGGACAUAACAUCUUAGUUCCCAAGGUUGGUGGCGCAUUGGUGAUGUAAGCGAUGGUUAACAUUUCUUACAAUACCAAUGUCUAUGGGCGUUGGUGACCACUUACCAUCAGGUGGCCAAUAUGCUCGUCCGCCUUCCUAUUCUAUAAAAAAAAUGUGUUUGAAUAUAUAUUUGUGUCUAUUUAAAAUCUAAUAUUUUAAUAUAAAUAUUUAAUUAACCGUUAAAUGCUUUCUGUGCAUUCAAUAUUAUACUGAUUUUAAUAAGAUAUAAAUGUUUUGAAAAUAUCUAUAUAGAAGACAAAGAAAUACGAGCAUGUCCGACAACAUUGCGUUACAUGAUAUUUUCCAGAAGAAAAAUAAAUCCAACGACAAUUCACAUUUAGGAAAACUCCUUAUCCAGAAACGUUUCAUGCAGAAACGUUGCACUCUUAGACUUGAUACUUUACCAAAUAAAUCUGUUGAUCUGCAAUAAUUACUUUUAGUGUUUUUUAUAUUACUAAGUUAUCUUUUCAUUAUUAAUUUUAGGGUGAGUAAUUUUUUUUAAUUCGAUUGUUAUAUUGCUACGGUCGUGUUAUUUGUUAUAUUUUGGUAUGUGGUGGGAUAAUGUGUGCCCUAUAUCUGAUUCAAUUAUAAUAUUUCUACUGUAAUGAUAUUGAUUUAAUGCUACUGUUUUGUUAGCUUUAAUUGAGUUAUUUAAACGUAUGUAAACAGAAAAAAAAUGGCGUUCUAUGGGGAGGCUUUCGUCCAGCAGUGGACGGCAAAAGGCUGAAAAAAAAAACAAAAAAAAAAAAACAAAAACAACGAAGUCACUUUUGCAUUUGUAAUAUUAUUGAACAUUUCUAUUUAUGUACAUAUUAUAUGGUAUCUGUGCCAAAACUUUUUUUUUCAAGAAUACUACCAAUAAAUGUUUUCAAAUAA